AUGCCUAGAGUGAGUUUCUCUCAAGUCCGUGCCACAUACCACAAUAAGCUUCUACCGCCGCUUCUUCACGCUACGAAAAGCCUAGAACAAGCUAGGAACGAACUACGGUGGAUCCAAAAUGAGCUACCGUCUUCACAGUGGAGAAACGCAAUAGUCAGACGCGGUCAACUCGAACCUCUUCAAUACAUCCUAGGGUCUCAGCCGUUUGGACCACUAGAUAUCAAAUGCCGCAAAAACGUGCUUAUACCGAGAUGGGAAACGGAAGAGUGGGCGAUGAAGGUGGCCGAAAAAGCCAAUGGUAAGAAGUUGAGUGUACUUGAUGUCUGCACUGGUUCAGGUUGUGUAGCACUAUUACUCAAGCACCAGAUUGGCGGACCGGUAGCAGCCGUGGACUUAUCAGAUGACGCAAUUGCAUUGGCCGAGGACAACAGAGAAAGUUUGAAAUUGGAUGUGGAGAUCCAAAAGGGCGAUGUCUUACAAGACAACUUUUACAGUACGCAUUUCGAUAAACCGUUCGAUCUUGUGGUGUCGAAUCCACCAUACAUUCCCAAAGAGGACUACGAGGCGCCAGUGUCUGCCAAUGGAACCGAGAGAUCGAAUGGCCUUGGUGGGGCAUCUAGAGUUCUAUAA